GAAAACCUUGCAGGCAGAGCAUUCCACAGCGUUGGUGCCACUCUCACAGGGUUCAGACACACCCUGAGGCGCACCUGCACCGCCGAAGAAAUAGAAAAAACAAAAUAAAUCUGUUUCCCCUCGAGUCCUACGGGGACACUGGUUGUGUGAAGUCGUCGUUUCGUAUGACAGAACGAGCUCAGUUUGCUUUUCUGAUCUUAACAUAAAAUCCUGUUCCUGUUCCUAGACAAUAGUGUUUGCGAGACAAAGGUAAAGUGGAAGUAUGCGACAUCCACCUGUUGACGUUUGAAGGGCGUGCCACAUGUGUUCAGCUAUGUGCCGCAUCACCUGUGUGGGAAAACAGCACGGGGACUCACACACGGCAGCGUUUCCGGAGAGGGAAGUGCACACCUGAAGUUUAUGGUUCGGCUUCGUUUUCAAGUUUUUAAAGGGAGCCAUGUUUGAAGAAAAUGACGAAGAAAUCAUGGACGCUUCUGAUGGAUCUUCACCUGGGAACACCUUCGCCUCCUUUGUCAGAGCGAAGACGCAGGGCUCCCGUGUCAGACAUCUCCACUGGCUGCAGACACUUGUGAUGCUCCUCCUGUUGGCAGCACAGGCGUCCAGUGAUGACAUUCCUGCUACUCUUUCCCCAGAUAGCGAGACGUCAGUGUACUACUUUAUUGAUCUCGUUGUGACUGCCAAUGAACCGAAGAACGAAUCACAAAUCAGUUACUGGCUCAGCGACGUGUUCACAAGCAAGCUGCAGAGCUGCGUGUCUCUAAGAGCCACAACUACGUCUCCACAGACGACAUACGAGACCACGCUCAUGAUGACAGUCACAACAACAAUGCAAAGCUUCAACACCACUACACCUGCAGCAACUACAAUGUUACCGAGCGCCAACACGACUACACCUGCAGCAACUACAACGUUACCGAGCUUCAACACCACUACACCUGCAGCAACUACAAUGUUACCGAGCGCCAACACGACUACACCUGCAGCAACUACAACGUUACCGAGCUUCAACACCACUACACCUGCAGCAACUACAACGUUACCGAGCUUCAACACCACUACACCUGCAGCAACUACAACGUUACCGAGCUUCAACACCACUACACCUGCAGCAACUACAACGUUACCGAGCUUCAACACCACUACACCUGCAGCAACUACAACGUUACCGAGCUUCAACACCACUACACCUGCAGCAACUACAAAGUUACCGAGCGCCAACACCACUACACCUGCAGCAACAACGUUACCGAGCGCCAACACCACUACACCUGUAGCAACUACAACGUUACCGAGCGCCAACACGACUACACCUGCAGCAACUACAACGUUACCGAGCGGCAUCACGACUACACCUGCAGCAACUACAACGUUACCGAGCGCCAUCACACCUACACCUGCAACAACAACACCAACUACUAGGAUUGUCAGGACAAGACCUCAACAGGGCAAUAAUGGUAAUAAUAAUAAUAAUGGCCGCCCCCGUCGGGAUAUUCGUAACCAUGGGACCCAAGUCAGAACAAACCAAAUCUUUGGCCUAUUUAAAGGAAUUGACAUUACAUGCAUCAAGAAGACGGCAAAAAGAGAAACCCGCUGCCUGGUGACGCUGCAGCUGCACCAGAGGAUCUCCUCCUGCUGCAUCCUUCGGACGCUCUGUGCAGCCAGCAGAGAGUCCUCUGACAUCCGCACGGUGGGGAAAUCAGCAGAUGCACAUAUCCCACUGGAAAACGAGUGUGACAGCGCCAUACAAGAGCUGAACGGCUGCACGUUUACUGGAGGACCUGAAGCAUCAUGUGAAGGAGAUGCAUUUGUGUCCAAGCCCAACUCGACUCACUGCGGUAAACCGAACAAAAUGUGCCGCUGCUCCGCUUAUUGCAAUGGAACCGAUGCUUUCUACACCUUUACAUUGUCAACAAACGGUUCCCAGAUAAACGUGACCGACGUCUCAGUUUCCUUGAGUUCUAAGCUGAAAAAACACACAAACUGUUCUUCAAGAGUAGAUGGUUCAUGUCCGCCGUCCAUCAUUGCAUCAGAAUUCAAGAAUGCCACAUUGAAAUGUGAAUCCACAAAAAAAUGCUUGGUGAUUUUAAGCUUCUCCCGCGAGGUUCCCAUCUGCAACGUGUCGUCAGCCGUGGGCGACGUGUUUCGGUCUCAGAAGGAAAUCAGUUUCAAUGGUCAAGUGACUCGAGCAGCCAUUUGUGGAGAUUCAAUUUUUAACGCAGGUCCAGGACCGACCAGCUUCUUGCUGAUUGAUUUUGACAUAAAGCCCAUUUCCUUCUGUCCGGCAUUGAAAGAAUCUUACAACCUCACCUGUCCAAGUGGAACACCCGUGGUCGUGCAGCUGGGGGAGCAGUGUGUCGUCGACCCGCGACCAGACAACGCCGAGAGCCAAGCCAACGCGCUGCUGGCGCUGACGGCGGACGUGUCCCAGCUGAACUCCAGCCAGGUGGCCCAGCUGGUGUCUCAGCUGGAGGGCCUCCUGUCGGGCCCCAGCGUCAGCAUGGGGCUGGGCAACACCUCCGUGCACAUCGUCAGCAAUCUGCUGGGCGCCUCCGCCGAGGUGCUGUCUGACUCCUCCGACAGUAUUAUAGGGAUUGUUGACACGGUGGGCUUGAAGCUGGUCCUCGGGGGAGAGGCCGAGACCCUCCUGUCCCCGUCUGUGGCUCUGUCUGUGAAACCAGCAGAUGGCACCAACUUUCAGGAAACCAUCUUCUCCAUCUCAGACCCCAGUAAUGUGCAGGUCCGUGGGGAUCCCAGGCGGGGGCGGAGCCUGAGAGCAGACUCCACCGCCCCUCAGGGCUCCAUCAGGCUGCCUCCAUCUCUCACCCAGGACCUGACUGGAGAGCAGCAGCAGCUGGCCACCAGAGUCCAGUUCAACUUCUACCAGGAGAGCACCGUGUACCAGGACAGGUCUCUGAAGGGGGAAAGAAAACUCAACAGUGGGAUCCUCGGAGCGAGUGUGUCCAACCUGUCACUCACGGAACUGCAGGACGACGUCAUAAUUCACCUGAGGAACUCGGAGCCCGUUCCAGCUAAUUUUGUGGCUAUAUGUGUUUACUGGGACUUUACAUUAAAUAACCACACAGGCGGCUGGAAUCCGAGAGGCUGUUCUGUCCGAAACAGCACAGACACUGAGACGGUCUGCGGCUGCAACCAUUUAACCAGCUUCGCCAUACUGCUGGACCUGGGCAGAGACAAUGUGAUCAGUCGUGUGCAGGCCACCAUCCUCACCUUCAUCACAUACAUCGGCUGUGGAAUCUCCGCCAUCUUCCUGUCCAUCACCAUCCUCACCUACUUGGCCUUUGGGAAGUUGCGCAAGGACAUCCCAUCCAAAAUCUUGAUCCAGCUGUGCCUGGCCCUGCUGCUGCUGAACCUGGUCUUCCUGGUGGACGCGUGGCUGGCGCUCUACCCGGACGCAGUGGGCCUCUGCAUCUCCACCGCCUGGUUCCUCCACUACUUCCUGCUGGUCACCUUCACCUGGAUGGGACUGGAGGCCGUGCACAUGUACCAGGCCCUGGUGAAAGUCUUCAACAGCCACAUAUCGUGCUACAUGCUGAAGCUGUCGCUGGUGGGCUGGGGCGUCCCGAUGAUCGUGGUCAUCAUCGUCAUCGCCAUCGACAAGGACAACUACGGUCUCGUCUCCUACGGGGGGUUCUCCGACGGCACUAGCGAUGGAUUCUGCUGGCUGAAGAACGACAUCGCGUUCUACGUGGCGGUGGUGGCGUAUUUCUGCGUGAUUUUCGUUUUCAACAUCGCCAUGUUCAUCGUGGUGCUGGUGCAGCUGUGUCGGCUGAAGAGGCAGAACCCUCACAACAUGCAGCACCGCACCACGCUGCAGGACGUGCGCAGCGUGGCGGGCAUCAUGAUCCUCCUGGGCCUCACCUGGGGCUUCGCCUUCUUCGCCUGGGGCCCCCUCAACCUGCCGUUCAUGUACCUCUUUGCCAUCUUUAACUCCUUCCAAGGUUUCUUCAUCUUUUUGUUCUACUGUGCGGUAAAAGAAAACGUGAGGAAGCAGUGGAGGACUUACCUUUGCUGUGGCCGCAUGAGACUAGCAGAGAACUCAGAAUGGAGCCGCACCGCGACACAGAGGACCACGACGAGGUCGCCGGAGUCCAGAGUGAUAUCCAACAACUCGUCCUCGUCUUUCCUCGCCAGCGACUCAACGGAGCAGGUCAACGGCGUCGGCAACAGCAGCGUUCAGGUUCCCGUCGCCGGGGAUUCGAGCGGAGCGGCGGUUUUUACUUCUUCCAGACGGAGUAGAAAACCCAUCUGACACGAGAGAAUUAAGGUUAGACACAACAACAUGAGACGAGUCACAGGAAUACAGCCACCAAAGACAGGGCGACGGAAGAAGAAAGAGGAGGAGAAGAAGGAGAAGACGGAGUCGAAAGGUAGAAGAAGAAGGAAAACAAGUAGGACAAGAAGAAUGAUAAGAAGAAGGAGAAUUGGAACAAGAAGAAGAAGGACGAGAAGGAGAACAAGAAAGGAAGAAGAACAAGGAGAAGGAAAAAGGGAGACGAAGAAGGAGAACAAGUAGAAGGACAAGAAUGAUAAGAAGAAGGAGGAGGAGAACUAGAACAAGAAGAAUAAGAAGGACAAGAAUUAGAAUAAAAAGAACAAGAAUAAGAAGGAGGAGGAAGCUGUUUGGGUGUGCUCUGCCAUCACGGUUUCAACCCUCCAACAAAUAUGAAAACCUGGCAAGUGGUUAUUGUUGUCCUUCUGCUUCCCCCUAGUGUACAUAUAGAGAACUACACCUAUCCUAUUGUUCUGUUUCUUACUUUAUCUACUUAACUGGGAACUCAUGCGGGUACAGCAUUACAUAUGUUUGCUAUUACUAUAAAAUAUGAUGUACUUCCAAGUGUUGCCACUGCUAUUUUAAUGUGAAUACACAAUAACGCUUUAUAGAUCAAAUAAUUGUUAUAAAUGAAGAAAUUAUAAAGUGUAGGUUCCCUUUUGUUUUACGGCCUCUGCUGGGAUAGUUUAUCCUGAAUUUUACUUUAUUCUCUAUACUUUAUUUAAUUAUUGAGCCCUCCCACUGUUAGUUUGACCCUUGACCUCCUGUGUUUCCAUUUAUGACACAAAUCCAUGUUGUAUUUAACCUAAAACAGGUUGAACAUGUUGCUUCUUAAAAAAUGAUCUGUUGUAUAACAAUAUUUUCCUAUGACUGUGCACUUAAUCGCUACCCAGUCCUCUGUCCCGGACUCACCUUCCCCUGUAAGUGUGUGUGUGUGUCCUCUCGACAGGGUGUAACUCUAUUAAAUGUAGUGUUUGCCUUGUUAAAUAUAAUUGGAAGAGACAACUAGUGCGGAAGAACAAUUGCAUGAAUAAAUAAAUGUGUGUGUG